GCGCUGGACACAAGCUCAGCCACCCAGGUCUUUAUAUAAUAUUUGCAGCCAUGUCUCGUCGUGAAGGCAGCCGCCAGAACUACUCAGAGCUAGCCAACGGGAACGAUUAUGACUCUGACUCAGAGAAUACCAGUACUUUCUCCGACGAUAAUGUUGACGCCGAUCUCGGUGAUGCCUACAUCCCACGUGCCAACCUAACGGUUGCGUCAGCCUCGCGAAAGCGGAAAGCAAAAACAACUGUGGGCGAAAUCAAGACCCACCUCCAAGACGAUGAGUUCGAGGAGGAGGCUUUAGUAGACAUUUCCCUCGAAAGACCACCUGACUUUGUGCCAGAUGCUGUCACAAAGAUGUUCGGUGCAAGUGAUUUCAGCUACUUGAAACUUAAGCCCGACCAUGCCUCCAGACCGAUCUGGAUCUCCCCCAAGGACGGCCGUAUCAUCCUUGAGAGUUUUUCCCCGUUAGCCGAACAGGCGCAGGAUUUCUUGGUCACCAUUGCGGAACCGAUUAGUAGGCCAUCACACAUCCACGAGUACCGUAUCACAGCGUAUUCGUUAUAUGCCGCUGUCUCUGUUGGGUUGGAAACCGAUGAUAUCAUCUCUGUUUUGAGUCGUCUAUCCAAGGUUCCAGUGGCGCCGUCAAUCUUGAACUUUAUCAAGAGUGCCACCAUCUCCUACGGUAAGGUAAAAUUGGUCUUGAAGCAUAAUCGGUAUUUCGUGGAAAGCCCCCAAGCAGACAUCUUGCAGAUGUUGUUGAAAGACCCCAUCAUUGGCCCGUUGCGUAUCUCUUCCGAGACCGUCACCAGCGAUGGGCUAGUGGAAACCAGAGCCCCGCACGCGGAUGACAUCGAAAUUGCGGGGGUGAAGCACUCCGAAACAGCCAAGAACGGUGAGAAGAAGGAAACCGUGGAAGAAAAGGAAGUUGAGGAUAUCUUUGCUUCGGUGGUGGGUGAUAAAGACGAUGAGGACGAUGACUUGGACGUUGUGCAUUCCUUUGAGGUGUCGUCGGAUUCGGUUGAAAUCAUCAAGAAGCGAUGCCAGGAUAUCGACUAUCCUGUGUUGGAAGAGUACGACUGUCGUAAUGAUACUCGGAACCCUGACUUGAAUAUCGAUUUGAAACCAUCCACGCAGAUUAGACCGUACCAAGAAAAGUCGUUAAGUAAAAUGUUCGGUAACGGGCGUGCUAGAUCGGGGAUUAUCGUCUUGCCCUGUGGCGCCGGUAAGACGUUAGUCGGUAUCACCGCUGCGUGUACUGUAAAAAAGUCGGUUAUUGUGCUCUGUACCUCUUCCGUGUCUGUCAUGCAAUGGAGACAACAGUUUUUGCAGUGGUGCACCAUUCAACCGGAAAACGUUGCGGUUUUCACGUCCGAGAACAAGGAAAUGUUUUCCUGUGACGCUGGGUUGGUUGUUUCGACAUAUUCGAUGGUUGCCAAUACCAGAAACAGAUCCCACGACUCCCAAAAGGUGAUGGAUUUCUUGACCUCUAGAGAAUGGGGGUUGAUCAUUUUGGACGAGGUCCACGUUGUUCCGGCCGCCAUGUUUAGACGAGUCGUCACCACCAUCGCCGCGCACGCCAAGCUUGGGCUCACUGCCACUUUGGUGCGUGAAGAUGACAAGAUUGGUGACUUGAACUUCCUUAUUGGGCCAAAGUUGUACGAGGCCAACUGGAUGGAUCUUGCCCAGAAGGGCCACAUCGCCAACGUGCAGUGUGCCGAAGUGUGGUGCCCGAUGACGGCAGAGUUCUACCAAGAAUACUUGAACCAGACUGCCAGAAAGAGAAUGUUGUUGUACAUCAUGAACCCAACCAAGUUUCAGGCGUGCCAGUUUUUGAUCCAUUACCACGAAAAGAGGGGUGAUAAAAUUAUCGUAUUUUCCGAUAACGUCUAUGCCUUGCAAGAGUAUGCCUUGAAGCUUGGAAAGCCGUUUAUUUAUGGUUCUACCCCACAGCAGGAGCGUAUGAACAUUUUGCAAAAUUUCCAAUACAACGACCAAGUCAGCACGAUUUUUCUAUCCAAGGUUGGUGACACCUCUAUCGACUUACCGGAAGCCACCUGUCUCAUCCAGAUUUCCUCGCACUACGGUUCGCGUCGUCAGGAGGCCCAACGUUUGGGUCGUAUCUUGCGUGCCAAGAGACGUAACGAUGAGGGCUUCAACGCCUUCUUUUACUCGUUGGUCUCGAAGGACACCCAGGAAAUGUAUUAUUCUACUAAGCGGCAGGCAUUUUUGGUGGAUCAGGGUUAUGCCUUUAAGGUGAUUACCCACUUGCACGGUAUGGAGAAUCUUCCAGACUUGGCCUAUGCUUCUGCCAGGGAAAGACGUGAGUUGUUACAGGAAGUUUUGUUGAAGAACGAGGAGGCUGCCGGGAUUGAGGCCGGUGAUGAUGCUGACAACUUUGUUGGCAGAGGUAACACGGAUGUGAGUGUCAAGAGGGCCAAGUCCUCGGCUUCCAGAAAUGCCGGUUCCUUAGCCAGUUUGGCCGGUGGUGAAGACAUGGCAUACAUCCAGUACAGCAAGAAUAAGAAUAAGGAUUUGAAACAACACAAUUCUGUGAUUCAAAAGCUUUAUUACAAGGGUAAGAAGAAGUGAUUUUUUUUCUAGCCCGCGAAUUCGAUGUCAUUGAAAUUUUGUAAGAUGGGAAUAUUAUGUUAAAUAAACAUGUACACCCCCCC